UUACGGAGGAUAUACAAUUAGAUAGCCCGUUUAGAGUUGCCGCUGAUAAAAAAAAAUGAUAUUUUGACUUUCAGCGCAGCCCGCCCCGCCGGAGUAUCUACGAACCCGGUCGUUCCCUAUUGCUGCUUCAAAGCUACGAAAAUCUCUUCCGCUUCAAAAACAUUCCCAAACUUCUGAAGAUUUUUUUUUAAUUAAAUCCGGAAGGAGAAAUUCCAUUAUAUCAGUUCUUGAUCUUGACUGAAGACCUUCUUCCGUCUUCUGAUCUCUCUCCGACGUUGCAGCCUCUGCUAUUGAAGAUAGCGUAGCAUUUCGUUCUUUUUUUGCUGGAGUCAGUGAACUCUGAGAAUUUGUUUGCGUGGGAGGUAGAUCGAUUGAGAUUUUUGAGAUGAUAACACGUUCAAAUCUGGCAGAGCAACUUAGGGAGUACCAGGUCCGGUCUAAACACGACUGGGCCACCGUCUCCUUUUUCUCCUCCACAUCGUCCAAUAACUCCAGGGUGGAUGUGGCUUCUGUGAUAUUGGAGCUGUUUAUGUUUGCUUUCUUGGUUUUCUCAGCAGUUUCUUUAUACUUUGGAUAUAUGAAGCUUGCUUUUGUUUUCAUUUGUAUGACAGCAUUUAUUCUUGUAUGCAAGAAAAUCACAAAGCAAAUAAGACAAAACAGGAAAAGUAAGCGGAGAAUGCUUCUUCCAUUGUCCAUGUAGAUGUUGGCAAUUUGCCUUCCUAAGUGUUGGAAUUUUGUGCUAUGAAAUAUUUUUGGGUGAUUUUUUUCUA